GGUUCCAGGCUUGCAAACUAAUCCUACAGAAAGGAAUCGUGGGGAAAAAGUAAUGGGUGGGGUUUGCUUCAAAGCCAACCGAAUCUCACUCGUUUUCUAGCCUCCUCUUACUUACAUUGCAUCUUCCUCCCUUAUUCUUCUUUCUAUAUAUAACUUCCAAUCUUGGGUUUAGCUUUUGCAUAAUCUCAAAUUAUUCUACUUUUUUCAAGGAAAAAAUAUGGCUGAAACCCCCGAUGAAAAUCAAGCUCAAAUUAUCAAGGGGAAACGAACCAAACGUUUAAGACCAUCCUCUGUUUCUUCCACUUCUUCAAGUGCAGAUUGUUCAAGCUCUUCAGCUGGAUUGACUGAAGAAGAGGAAGAAGAUCAAGAUUUGGCUAAUUGUUUGAUUCUUUUGGCUCAAGGUAGAAGUAGAAUAACAGAGGGCUGUUCUUCUGUUUUUGUUGAGCAAAAAUUGGUUGCUGCUAAUGAAUCUCUGUUUCUUUAUCAAUGUAAAACUUGCGAUCGUUGUUUCCCUUCUUUUCAAGCUUUGGGUGGUCAUAGAGCAAGCCAUAAAAAGCCCAAAUUCUUCAACAACGUUAUUGCUAAUUCUGUCGAACAACAACAACAACAGCAAGAAAACAAUUUUACAACCUCCAAUUCAAUUCAACUCUCUUUGCAAUUGUCCACCGCCUCCCGUCCUCCGCCCCCUCCCACCGCCGGUGACCUCAUCAAAUCAAAGGUUCAUGAGUGUUCCAUUUGUGGAGCGGAAUUCUCCUCCGGCCAAGCUCUCGGCGGCCAUAUGAGAAGGCACAGAACAUUGACAGCUACCACGACUAGACCUAUUACUACGAGUACUCCACAAUUCAUAAAGAAAGAGAGGAAUAUGUUGGAGUUGGAUCUUAAUCUUCCGGCCCCAGAGGAUGACCGGCACCGGCCACCGGUGGCUGUCUUCUCCACCGCAUCACCGCUUGUGGAUUGCCAUUACUGAUUUUUUUUUUUUUUUAAAAAAACUAUUAAUUGUUACAAACGUCGCAUCAUUUGCACCAAAUUAGAACUCCCCAGUUGGAAUUUAAAGUUAAUUCCUUUGUGGGGUUUCGAUUUGAUUAUUAUUCAUUUUAUAACCACCCAACAAAACCAUUCGAUUUU